UGCAUUUUCAAGGAAAAAGGUCUACAACCAUCAAUGUUCAGAGUCAACUACACGAAGGUGGUGGAUCAGAUGUUUUCUCUCUUCCCUGACGAAGAGCACUACUCAGACGCCGGUCCAGAUCGCUGCAGAACCUGUGCUGUGGUGGGAAACUCUGCAAACCUUCUGGGAUCCCAUUAUGGGUCUCUCAUAGAUUUCCAUGAUAUUGUGAUCAGGAUAAAUAAAGGCCCGACAAAAGGUUACGAGAGGGAUGUGGGGUCAAAGACGACUCACCGGAUUCUGUACCCUGAAAGCGCCAUGGACUUGGACAACUCCACCCAUCUGGUGCUUUUUCCCUUUAAGAUUCGCGAUAUGCAAUGGCUUAUAAGUACCUUCACCACAAGACACAUCACACGCACCUACACACGAGUCAAACCUUCAAUCAAAGCAGAUGAGAACAAGGUGAUGGUCCUCCACCCUGCUUUCAUAAAAUACGUCUAUGAGAAAUGGCUUCUGAAACAUGGCAGAUAUCCAUCUACUGGCUUCAUUACAAUAAUAUUUGCCUUGCAUAUCUGUGAUCAGGUGAAUGUCUUUGGGUUUGGGGCUUCAAGUACUGGAACCUGGCAUCAUUACUUUGACAGAACUCGCACUCACUUUAAAGGCGGCCCUCAUGGUGGAGACUUUGAAAACAAAACAAUGCAUCAACUUCAGCAGAGAAACAAGAUUUCAGUAUAUAAAGGGUAUAGAUAAAAAAGACCAGGAAUGGAUGUGUUCGGUUUAAUGUGUUAACAACCUAACAACCUGUUAACUUGUGGAAAGUGAUAAUAUGUUUUGGGCAGCAAUGAAGUAAUUUUGUCAACACCUUUAUUUUGUGGCCAAGUUACAUUCCGUGGUUAUUUAUAUAAUGUUGGAUUAUGUGUGCU